CACAUCAAGCUGCAACUCCACUCUCAGAUGAAACAUGGCACCUGAAGACGGUGACUCAGUCACUUGCGUUUCUCAACCGUACGGCACUCUUGGGUUUUAUGAGGCAAAAGCAAACCCACUUGAUGUGUUGCAGCGUGAUUGGCUGCGGGGGCUCGACGAUGGUUGAACAGCUCAUAAGGUAUGAACUGGGGUCUCAGUGCAUAUUACUAUUGACGUAGACGAGGCACUAUAUCCUGCGAGCUCCCCCCUGAAUAUUUCCGUUGGUUGUAUUUCCAAUCGUGCUUGUUUGACCGUUUUCCCCGCCCUCUGGAGCUUUUUGCGAUCUGUUGGGAUUCCUACUUCUUAUCCUCUAACUGCUGUCGAGUUGAGGGCGAACUGAGACAAAGCGACAGAAACAAUGGUCGUCAACGGCAGCAAUAUGUCAGCGAGAUAUGCGCCGAAGCCGGAGUUUGACGAUGAGGUUGAGGAGUAUGAGCAGCCGGAGCUGUCGCCAUACGAAACUCGUCUCGUCAUUGUCUUGAUGGGCCCCAGCGAGCGCAAAUACUCCAUCCCUGAAUACUACCUCAAACAGUCUCCAGUGUUCGCCGACAUUCUCAGCACAUACCCCAACUUCAUCACCCGAACAACACCCUGCAUCGCACUACCCGACAUCGACGACGACAUCACGCACACCAUCGUCCACUACCUUCAUACCGGUACCUACCAGACCCUCCGACAAGGCGGCGAUUGGACGAAAACCGAGUACCGACGGAGCGUGCUCGCCUACUCGGCAGCGUCCAAGUACGAACUCCGGGGUCUGCUGGUCCUCGCGAAGAAGUACAUGCAGAAGCUCGACAAGGAUCUGUCCAUCUUCGAUGUCUUGAGCGUCGCAAGAAAGGCCUUUGGGAAGAUCCCUGAUUACGAUCAGUGGUUUUUCAGCACCUAUGUCAAGAGCCGCUUGGCAGCCGCCUUCGACGAGGACGAAGAUUUGUUCGAGAGCCCGCGGUUCCAGUAUCUUCUUGGUGCGGAGCCGGGCUUUGUCACAUGCUUGGUGCAGGCAAUGGUGGCGAUCUAUGAGGCCAAGUUAUCCGAAUUGAAGCAGUUUCCGAGGAUAAAUGGUGUUCAUGACGGGGAGGGAGAGGGGAUGAAUGAAGACGAUAGCGGGUACCCAGCCAGUCCCGGACGGGGAUAUAACAAAGCAGUUAUUUUCAUCGAGGAAACCGUGUCUGACCGACCACCAUCAGAGGGUCCUGUCUCUGAGGCAUAUCCUGAAUCGGUCCCCGAUGACACAGGUCCCAUGGAGGCCUUCCCCGAGUUGACUGAUGAUGUCUAUGUUCCUGAAACACAUGCAGAGGAGAGGUACGCCCCGGCUGAAGAGCCGAUCGCUGAAGAACCCUUUCCAGAGACCCAGGCUCAGGAUCAGACUCACUCAGAAGAACCGGACAACACGCCAGCGAUUGAGCGCUGGACUACAUGGCGGAAUUGGGGGAGUAAAGACCGGGACUGGUACAGGGAGGUGCAUGAGUCACCUAUCCCUGAAAAGCCUGCUCCGGAGACUCAAGUCGAGGAGGCCGUUCCGGAGUACUCGGAGAUCCAGCGCACGAUGACCGAAGAGACGGGGACCGAAAGCGUCCCGGCCGACACUGGGAAGAAGCUGGGGAAGAAGAGCCGGAAGAAGAAGAUGCGAGCGCUGUUUUCUUCUGCGGAGGAGCCCAAGGCGGAGCCACAGGCCGUUUAUUAAUGAGGUGACGUACACACGAUUUAGAAUGACUGUAUAAAAUGAUAGUAUGUAAUGUGGUAAGAGC